CCGGCGGUGAAUGCCCGCUCCCGGCUGUCCCCGCGUCCCUCCCGGCCCGCCGCGGCUCGCCCGGCCCCGCCGCCAUGGCCUUCACGUUCGCCGCCUUCUGCUAUAUGCUGGCGCUGCUGCUCACCGCCGCGCUCAUCUUCUUCGCCAUCUGGCAUAUUAUAGCAUUUGAUGAACUGAAGACUGAUUACAAGAAUCCCAUAGACCAAUGUAAUACACUCAAUCCUACAGUUGAAAAGGUCAAAAAGAUUAAAAGAGUCAAAAUUGCAUUAAAGCUCGUACUUCCAGAGUACCUCAUCCAUGCAUUCUUCUGUGUUAUGUUUCUCUGUGCAGCAGAGUGGCUUACGCUGGGUCUCAAUAUGCCUUUGCUGGCCUAUCAUAUUUGGAGAUACAUGAGUAGACCUGUGAUGAGUGGCCCUGGUCUGUAUGAUCCUACAACCAUCAUGAAUGCAGAUAUAUUAGCCUAUUGCCAGAAAGAAGGAUGGUGCAAAUUAGCAUUCUACCUUCUAUCAUUUUUUUACUACCUAUAUGGCAUGAUUUAUGUUCUGGUGAGCUCUUAAGAAGGCAUUCAGCAAGCUUUGUUCCAGUUAAGUGCAUGCAAAAGCCACAAAACACGGAUUCUUUACAACGAGAACCUCUUACCAAGAUUAAAUACGGAAUCUGGUGAUCGCAUUUGCGUUAGAAAACAAUGACCCCUCUUUUUAAAACAUUUCCACAUUUUACACUUGUGGAAAGACUGUUUUCUUAUAUUUUACCGGGACACUGAAAUGAAUGAAUUACGUGUAAAUUAAUACAAAGAUUACUGGGUUUGAAAAGUUUUGACUUUGCACUCCACAAGGAACAGCCCUAAUCUCCACGUAGGUAUUGGUUACUGACUAACCUUAGCACACUAGGGAUCUCCUUUAGGCUGGGCUUUGUAGUGACUCAUCUGGACUUGCAUAUCCCACUCUUAACUGUAAAUCAGCUGUAGGUGCUGAGGGCUUGGGAAGGACUGGAAGUGCUGUGUGUGUUUUACCUGUGGGCGACGUCGGUCUUAGGAGAUGAAUUCAUGGACAUAAUUGCAAAAAUAGGAGUUCUAUUUUGGUUUAUUUUGGUUUUUUUCUCCUACCUGGUUAAUCUUUCCCUGUAUAUGCAUGGUUCAGAGAGUUCCGUAUUUUCUCCAAACAUUAACCUUGCUUUAAUCUCGAGUAUCUGUCAUUGUGAUGGAAGUUGAAUUGUCCACAAAGGAAUGAAUUUAAAACGAUGACAGUUGUUUUUGUUAACGUGUGUGCCGUCUUAUUAACAAAUGGACAAAUCUACAACAUUUAUUGAGUCCAAUGAUGAAAAUACUCUUGAGUUACUCUUUGAGUAACUUUCUGUUCUGGUUUAAACCCAGCCAGUAACUCAGCACCAGGCAGUUGCUCGCUCACUCCAGCUUUCCCUCACCCCUGGGCAGGACGGGGAGGAGAAUGGAAAGAGUGUAAACCGCACGGGUUGAGAUAAGAACAGUACAGUAACUGAAAUAUAGUGAUAAUAGAAAGAAUACCAACAAUAAAAAGAAGAAAUGAAAGCUCAGAAAACACAAGUGAUGCACAAUACAAUUGCUCAGCCUGACCCGAGCAGUGAUCAGUCCCUUCCAGGUGACUCCCCCCAGUUUAUAUGCUGGGCAUGACAUGCUGUGGUAUGGAAUAGCCCUUUGGCUAGUUUGGGUCAGGUGUCCUGUCUCUGCUCCCUCCUGGCUUCUUAUGCCCCUCCUCACUGGCAGAGCAUGAGACUGAAAAGUCCUCGAUUGGGGUAAACACUAAGCAACAAUUGAAACAUUGGUGUGUUAUCAACAUUGUUAUCAGCCUAAAGCCCAAACCCAGCACUGCACCAGCUACUAGGAAGAAAAUCAACUCUAUCCCUGCUGAAACCAGGACACUUGUGAAAUUUCUCUUGAAUAAUAUUACAGACCUUUUCAAAGCAGAAAGUGGGAUGUGAAACUGCCUUGCUGUUCCUUAGUGCAAUAAAUAAUGAUAAUUGAAAAAUGAUUCUCAAAUUCAGAAACACUUAUUUUUACCUGGUGCCUUGUUUUGUUUUUAAACAGAACAGCUACUUGCAGUGUUCACCUGUUAGUUAUAUGAUGGGUAAUUGCAUUACCUUUUAAAACCCGAACACUGAAUCAAGUUGUGUCUGGAAAAGGGAAGCUCUGCUUUCCUGCUUUUUGUUUUUCCUGGGUCUGCAGAUGAACGGUAGCUGGAGUGGGGGUAAGAUGUUUCAGAUGAACUGAUAAUAUUGCAUUGUAAAUUGUGACUGCAAACAGAUGCUGAAUUUAGGAGUAAUAAUUAGGAAUCUGUUUCGUUUACCUGUGCUGGAGAAUAAUGAAUAGUUGCCCAGUUUUAGUAAAACUUUUUUUUAUAAACUGUGUAUUUGUUCACUUUGGGUGUCUUGGGUGUUGGAUGCAGGAAGAGCUGUACAAAUGGCUGCACUGGGUUCAGCCAGAAUUUCGGAUACUCCAAUGCUCACGUGUUGGACAGCAGCAAUGGCAGAGUGAAAAGAAUAUGAAACAGGGCAGGUACUGAGUAUCUCUGCCUGAACAGUGAGAGAAUGUAUUUGGAUAUGUCACAGAUGUCCUGAGCUACAGGUUCAGCAUCUUCAACAGCCCUUGAACAACUUUUCUUCUGUUAAUUCAGGUGCUUUUUGAGCACUUUCGUAACCCGCUAUGGAAGAUAGCCUGAGAGGCAGUGAGUUCUGCAAUGGCAUUACUCUCUAUGUAAAAAAUACUUAUUUAAAAGUUCUGCUGCACUUCAUCUGGUGCGCCCAAGCUCUUAUUUUGUUAAAACAUAUUGAAAAUUUCCCCCUUGCCACCUUAUUUAUGCUGAGCAUGAUUGAAUACACCUUCAUCCUAUCAUCUGUCCAAGCGGAGAAGCCCGUUUAACCUCUCUUCUAUUGGAAGUCCUUCUGCAGCUUUGUUAAACUAUCCUUUCUCCUCUGCAGAUUUCCUGUUUCUAAGCUGUUGUCAUUACACAAAGUGUGGCUGCCCAGGGAAUGGCAGUGGCAGUUUCCUGCUUGCUGCUUCUGAAUUCCUCUCCUCUUCCUAUAAUGUACUGGGGCUGGGAGAAUUCAAGCUGUGAUAACUUCAAAUUCUCUUUCUUAAGUAAUAAUAGACACCUGGCACCUUAUUACUACAUAUAUAAACUUGUUUUUCUCA